GGGUUAGGCAUAAGAUUAGCAGUGUGGUUAAAGUUAGGUUUAACAUCUGAUUUUAAGAAGAUAAAUUGUAGAAAUUGGCGGAGGUGGUUUAUGACUUUAAGGCUGUGGUAACUAGUGACGACCGCAAAUUCUCAAACAGCAAGCAAGUGGGAAAGGUUGCUUGGUCGACACGAAGCUAAAUAUGAACGAGACAAUAGAUCUGUAAAAAAAAAAAAAAAAAAAAGCCGUGRUGUCUUACCAACCUCUUCAACUUCAAACAGGGAAGACAAUAUGAGUGACGCAGCUGCAACCCGAAGGCUAGAGGCACUGUCCUCCUAAAUUAACUGUUGACUGAAAUCAGUUGGACCACAUUGUUUGCCAUGGGCACCACACUGAGUGAGCCUUGCAUCUACGACAAGCUGUCUGAGAGCAUCGAUAUUCUCCGCCAGUCGGGGUAUCGCUAUGGCAUGUCAGAGAGGGAGAUCGAGAAGUUUAUCAAACAAGUCUUGGAGACCAACGAGCCUCGAAGAGACCCACCACAAUUCCCCAUCCUUCGAGCCACCAUCAAGUUUGUGGUAGCAGUAGCCUUUCUGGUGGUGGUGGUGCUGGCCUUCACCUACCCCCAGACUCGGCCCCAGCUAGGUGUGACGUACACGGGGGGACAUAACUGGUCCUCCCCCCUCAGCCACAUCAGACUGCUGGCUCUGCCCAUUGCCAAGAAAUACAACCUGCAAGGUUUCCAUGAGUGGUGGAGUGCAGGGGCUCUGCGACAGGGCCUGGUCAACUGUUCUGGCUGUGCUGAGGUGUCCUCUGUGCUGGAGGUCCCUGAGACCCUCAGAGAGUCUGCAGCCAUGCGCAGAGGUCCACAGCCUGUGCUGCUCAAGGGUGGGGAGUCUCUGUGUCUGCAGAGGCAGCAGUUAGAGGAGCUCUACUCAGCCCACUCCAGCUCCAUGAGUAUACUACUGGAGGAAGACAACCUACUGUCACAUGAUGAGGGUUUUCCACAGGGCCCUGCCAACUUUACCCUGCUCUGGAGGUUUACAUCUGGUGCCAGAGAGAAGGUGUUGAGGUGGCUGUUCCCCAAAGCUGAGCUAUGUCCUCUACUGGACAGCGCUGGAACAACACUGCAGCGUUGCCUGGUCACGCAUAGUGCCAACUCUCAGAGCAGAGGGGUGCGAGUGCUGGGCUGGCUGGUGGUAGGAGAAGGGCUACCCACGGUUCGAGUGGUCCCUGUCCACCGCUGUCAAAAACACUGUAGCUCCUUCAACCUCUGGCUGGGACCGGGAGAUAUGGUGUAUGCUGACCCGCGCUACUGGCAGAUGGAGCUGUUCCCCAGCCGAGACCAGAACAUUGUUUGUGACGGUUCCACUUUCUGAGGGAGGAGAGGAAAAACUGAACGAGACAGAAUGGGAGGAAGAGAGUAAAGGGAUGGAGGGUUUGGACUUGCCAUCCAGAACUCUUAAACCCUCACUCAGGUCCAGACUUCUUACCGGCUGAGAAUAUCACUUCCUGUGAUUGGACCUUUUAACUGUCCCUUGUAGGCUAGUCCCACCCUCCUCUCUAGGUCUGGAAAAUAAUACUUUCCACUGGCACAAAAGAGACUGAAGAGGUUCCCCUAAUACUACACGCAUCCCUAGCCCCUACCGUUCUCUUGCCUAAUACCAAACCAAUCCCUAAACCUCACCCCUCUCUGGCCUAAUACCAAACUCAUCUCUAGCCCCUACCUGUGCCUCUUCAUUGAUAUCCCUUCACAGAUCUGUGGCAACUGGAUGGUUAUAAGCAGGGAGGGACCACACUCAAACUGGGAGAUGUGUGUUGGUGAGGAAGAGGCUGGAACAUUCUCCCAUUCAGCCCAAAGAAGAGAAAUGGAGAGAGUGACUGAUCUAAUUUUUGGAACAUCYGAGGCCUUUGCUCCUGUGCUGUGUUCAGUUGGAAUGUUCAAGAUUAUUUUGGUUAUGUAUUUUAGUUGCGAUCAAAUCACAUCCACAAUGGGACAGUUUUGGAGUGCUGCCCUCCCUCAUCUACUCACUUAUAAACUGGCCUGUGUUCAUCAUCUAAAUUCAACAUGUCGCUGCUAGUGUAACAAUGACAGUUGGUUAGGAGGAUGUGUAAAAUUGAUUUAUACAUUUAAGGUGAAUUGCUUUUGAUAACUGAAAGUGCAGAAAUUGUAUUUAAUAUAUAGUUGAUGGUAAGUGCUUGUGCCAUAAUUUUAAAUGCUGUUUGUUAAUGUUCUUUUCACUGAUUGUUUUUGUUUUGUCUAUGCUUUUUUUUUUUUUUUUUUCUGUCCCCAUGUAAGCACUUUAACUAUCCGGAACUUGUUGUCAGUGUUUGAUGUUGUCACACUGUUGCCGUUCUGAGAUUUGAUCCUGUUCUAUUGCUGAACAUAAUAUUUAUACAGUUUUAAUCUCUCAGAAUUCACAAUUUUACACAACGUCAAGUUAUGGCCAUAUUGUUAAGUUAUACAUUGUCACCGUUAAGUAAAUCUGUUUUUAGACUUCCUUGUCACUUUGGUUUUCUGAAUGCAUCAAUAACAAUGUGAUUAUGUACUGGUUACUGCUAAAAUAAAGGAAACUCUUGAGUAAAUGAGGGAUACAAAGUA